UCAAGGAGAGAGAGAGAGGAGGGAGGGGUGAGACAGACUAAACCAGAAUCAUUAUUGCUAGUCUACAAAAUCGCUAUAACGCCCUGCUGUUCAAUUGUUGUUUCCUCUCUCAGCUUGCCAAGGCCUUUCAGAUAAGCUUCAUCUUUGCGUCCUCUUUCUUCUCGAGAGAGUUGGCGUUUUUCCUUCAACCGUGUACUCUACCCGGGACAGAAAUCCACGGCUUUGCAAGGCGUCAACUCAUAAUAAAUUCCUUGAACGCAUGACCGCUUUCAUUCCUGUCGGGUCAGGGUCGGUAAACGAGACUCACUUACUUUGUUCAUUUACAAUUUGAACGCUGGCUUCGUGCUAUUCUGUGUUCCUGGUAUCCUCAGUGACCUGCUGGUUGAUACAGCUCUCCGGCUGCAUGCUUAUAUGCUCUAGCAGAGCACGUUUGUUUGCACGAUCGUGGACUUCCUAUUUGAGUGACGGGCUGCAGAUCUAGUAAUCUUAUACGCUAAUUCAAAGGUAUACUGUCCAUGGCUUGUGCAGCACCAACAGCUUCAUCCAGCAAGGAGACGACGAACUUCGCUCGCUUGUGUCGUCUACUGGUUGAUGUUGGUACCCAGACCCUCAGAGACACAUUAGAUGGCAUCCAUGCACCAGCAACUCUUCACACAGUUUUGGCGAGAAAUAGAACGGCGUUACAGUCACUAAGAACGAGGAAAAUUAUCAAUGCAACACAAUGGGGAAAAUUAUUUCCUGCAGUCUCUACUUCGGUGUUAACAGCCCAUUUUGAUACAACUCUUUUGAUGGUUCUGUUGCGGAACAUAUGUGGUUUGCCUUCUCCAGCAACUGGCUGGGAUGCACUUCCUGCUGUAACAGACGUGAGCCGUGAAGCGGAUAUCGCUCGUGUUAAAUAUUUUAGAAACACUGUGUACGCUCAUGCCGAGCACGCUUCAGUUGAUGAAGCAACGUUCAACACAUACUGGCAAGACAUCCGGGACACUCUAGUAAGACUGGGAGGAGGUACGUACAAAGCAGCUAUCGACAAUCUUGAAACUGAUUGUAUGGACCCUGACAUUGAAGACCACUACAAAGAACUUCUCAGUCAAUGGAAGAAAGAUGAAGACAAUGUGAAAGAUCAGCUGAAGGAAAUCACGAGAAAACUGGACGAUUUAAAAGCAGCUUGCGAUCGUUCUGAAAACACGACGGUUGGUGAAGGCAAACAUUCGAGGUUCAAAGAAAUGAAGGGUGGAGCCGUCAUGUGCCAAGAAACAUAUCACGAGAAUGAAGUAAUAGAAUAUUAUUGUAAAGAAUGUAAUGUUUGUAUUUGCCACAAGUGUGGACAAACACGUCAUAAUCAACAUGAUAAGAUGGACAUACAGCAUGCUGCUGAAGAACAGAAAAUUCUCAUGACGAAAAGUGUCGAGAGAGCUAAGGCAAAAUUGAACGCUGUUGAAAAAAUGAUGAAGAAACAAACCGAAUUGAUGAAGAAGAGCGAGCAAGAAAUCUCUACUGCUGAAAAGGACGUAACAGAAUGUGUACACAAUAUUGUUCAACUUUUGAAAGAACAUGAAAAGGCCAUCAAAACAGAGUUAGCAACGAUCAAAGAAUCCCAACAGGAUUCUUACCAAGAUAACAUGGAAAACUUUCAGCUGUUUGCUACUCAGCUGAGAAGUUCUUUUGAAUAUUGCGAGGGAAUUGUACAGAGAAACGUCAGCCAUGAAAUUCUACAAGCAGGGCAUGCCGUGUUAGAUUGCUGUGAAGAACUUUUGAAUACCCAAGAAAUUGAACUCUACAAACCACAACAUGUUAUGUUUCUCGAAACUGAUGAUGACCCGUCGGGUCAAGUUGUUGUUACCCACACGGAUCCGUCACAAUCAGUGGCUGAAGGUAAAGGUUUGAGAGAAGCGAAAUUGGGCGCAGAAACAAACUUUUCAGUCACUACACGAGAUUCAGAUGGAAUUCAGUUUUAUUAUGGCAAAGACCAAGUUAGCGUGAAAAUCUGUUCUCCAACAAAUGAGGACGACGAAAAGGAUAUUCAGGAUUUUGAAGAUGGCAACUACACAGUGCGUUACAGGCCAAAGAGUGUUGGCUUACAUGACAUUUCGGUCGAAGUUAAUGGAAAGCCGCUGACUGGUAGUCCAUGGAGUGUUCCGGUGACUCCACAUCACUACAAGCGUCUCCGUUCAUUACGAUCAGGUGGGACAAGGCGGGAACAGUUUAACGAACCGUUUAGCGUAGCAGUCAGCAAAAGAACUGGGAACAUUGCCAUAGUGGAUGGAAAUGAUAAGCGAGUUCAUUUGUUUAAUUCCGACGAGAAAUAUCUAAGAACUAUAGGAGACAAGUGGACCAGCACUAAAAAAAUAAAUCAGCCGAGAUCAGUGGCGUUUACAGCAUCUGAUGAAGUCAUAGUCAUUCAUGGAGACACAUCAGAGAAUUAUAAAAUGUAUGUUUUUACCGAACGUGGUCAGUUUGUUAAACAAAUCCACGAGCACCUGUUUGAUCCCAUUGCAGUGGUUGUUACAAAUGAUGGGAACAUGAUUACUUGUGACUUUGGUGACGAUACAGUCAAUGUCCUCUCCCCGGACGGUGCAGAAUUAGUACGGUCCUUUAGUGCCCCAGAUUGCGAUGAUAAUGAGUCUCCCUCGUUUGCUGUUUAUGAUCAAGACAAAUUCUUUGUGUCGUACCGGAAGGCACACUGUAUCAAAGUUUUCAAUAGAGAAGGAGUGUUUCUAUAUAAUAUUGGCAGUGAGGGGUCUGGAGACGGACAGUUGAGUUAUCCUGAAGAUAUCGUUAUCGACAAAUUCAACAAUCUGAUUGUCUGCGACAAGGGCAACAACAGGCUCCAAGUGUUUGCACUGGAUGGAAAAUUUCUUGAUUCAGUUAACGAAAUCAAACUUCCUAAUUCUGUCGCUGUUACAAAAGACGGUGAUUUACUGGUGUGCACAGGAGGUUGUGUUCAAGUAUUCCAAUAGCCUGUGAACAUCCCUGACAUGAUAGAUGUCCGGCAGGUGUAUGGAACCACCGAAUUUGCCCUUUCUUCCGCUAUUACUGUAACUGAUGAGGAUUAUAUCAAAAACAUCUUUUGUGUUUUUCAUUAAGCUUUGAUCACCGCUACCGGCAUUACCAUUUAUAAGUAGCCUCAAGUGUAAAAGACAGUCGGUCUGGAUGGAAAUGCUGAAAUUUUAGUUUUAGGCGAUUUCGCAGCGAGCAUCGGUGAGUAUUUCAGCCCACUUCUCAGCUAUCAGCUGACAGUUCAAUUUUUGACCAAUUCUCAACUGUCGAACUUCACACACACCCUCAUGAAAGAUUACAAAUUGUCACGAUUGUUGAAUGUGUAGCUUGCGAACGCAGGCGUAUAUCCGACAGAGACAACCGACAGCGGGAAAUACGUCUGUGUUCGCAGGCUGGGGAGGGGACUCCCAUAUAAAAAGGACGGGGGGUGCUUGUCGAAAAUUUU